AGAUAACGGAUCGUUCUAAAACUUGAUCCUUCAGCCAUCGAUUCUAGAUCACCAUGACCACCAGGAGGAGCAGUCGUCGUCGUACCUUUCUCUACCUCCAAUUUCGGAAUUCGAAUUCUUUCGUGAUGACGAUGAAGAUGGCUCCAUCAGCCAUACCCGUCGGUUUUGCGCUUCAACAAAAAUAGCAUUUUCUCAGCAUUUCAGAAACAAGGUAUACGUUCGACUGGAAAGAGUCCCCGGAGGCCGCUCAUGUGCUUUGUGUCAGUCUACAACACCUCCCUCCACCCAACACAGUACAAUGACGAAGUGGUAACAAUAUGAGGUAGAGGUUCAUGAAUGGAAGAAAGCUAAUUGAGUGAUGUUCUUGAUAAGAAAUGCAAAUAGAAGACCAAAGCUAAGGAAUCUGGUAUGGGCUACCUCAAAGCAUGAUGUGUAUCUCAUGCCAAAUUAUUCAAUCAUGCAUUGGUCAUCAUUAUCACAAAGCUUGACUGAGAUUCUAAACUUUUAUAGACACGUGGCAGGUACCGGUGUUUUUGUCAACAAGAUGAGAUUAAUGGUUGUCUUCUUCACUUCUACAUCUUCAAUACGGAGCACAACUUUGUGGAAAUCCAAUCAACAUAUCUUUUAUACUUCUAAACCUAGAAAAUCAAGAACCAAGUGUAGCUCUCAAUUGAUAAAAACAUUGGUUCUUCUUCUUCUUUCUGUUAAAGUGUACGCAGAGAGAAAACAAAACAGUUCUAGCAAGCAAGAAGAAACGAGUGGAGGUACACAUGAGAUUUCAGCUCAGGAGAAGCUGUUAAUUGAGCAGCCUGAGCUUUUGCAGCAAUCUGGAGACGAUUUCUCUCCCUCUGCAUUACCACCGAAAACAAGAAAGAGACAUCAAAUCUCCAUCUCGGUCCCAUAUUCUCAUUCAAAAUCAAAUAAGAAAAAGAGGAUCAUUGAAAUCUGCUUAUCAAUUACCACACCAGAUCUUGAAACAACAGAAGAUAAAACGGCUUACAAUCGAAAUAAGUACAAAAAGAAACAUGUUGAUCAGAAGCAUUCAGUGAAAGGAAGGCGGAGGUCGUCGGUGGAAAGGCGGCAAAGCAUUGUUUACUGUUGCAAAGAAUGGAAAUACUAUCAUGAACAGUGGAUUCGUGAUGUGGUGUUAAAUGAUAACAAAAAGACAAUUCCUAAAGACAAAAAAACCACAAAACCACAAAAAAAAAAAAAAAAAAUUACCACCAUGAACAACUGA